AUGGCGCCGGCGUCGGCCGCGGCCUCGGCGGGGCGGAAGUCUCCGGCCACCGUUCUCCUCCUCUACGUAGCGUGCGCCUUCAUCCUGCUGCUGCUCCUCGCCUCCUACUCGCCCCGCCUCCAGCCCCACGCCCACGGCCGCAGCCUCCACCGCCGCCUCAAGCUCCACCCAAAGAGCGCCCCAUCAUCCGGCGCUGCCUCCGGUGGGAAUGUGGGGCAACAGCAGACGCAGCACCAAAACCACCAUGCGGCCUCCUUCGACCCGACCAUCGCCGAGCUGGAGCGCCGGCUGGACGACAAGGAUUGGGAGCGCGAGCACUACAGCCUCCUCCACGGCGGCGAGCCGGAUGACCACAUGAAGGAGUGGGAGGAGUUCCUCAAGGAUGAGGAGGACUUCAUCAACGACGACGAGCGAUUCAACGUCGCCGACCGCAUCCGCGAGCUCUUCCCCAAGAUUGACGUCGCCCCGCAGGACGGAUUCGUCUCCCUCGACGAGCUCACCGCCUGGAACCUCCAGCAAGCCAGGGCCGACCAGCACCACCGCUCCGCCAGGGAGAUGGAGCUCUACAACAAGGACGGCGAUGGGAUAGUCUCAUUCGAGGCCUUCAAUAAGCUGCGCCAAGAAUCCCAUGGAGAGGGCAAUAUGCUGGGGUUCCAGUGGUGGAAGGAGGAGCAUUUCAAUGCCUCAGAUGCAAACACUGAUGGUUUCCUUGAUAAAGCUGAGUUCAAUGAUUUCCUUAAUCCAAGUGAUUCGGAUAAUCCCAAAAUCAUCAAUUUGCUCUGCAGACAAGAAAUAAGGCAGAGGGAUAAAGAUGGUGAUGGAAAAUUAAACUUUGAAGAAUACUUUAAUGGGCUACAUGACCAUAUACAUGGUUAUGAUGACGAGAAUGCAGAUAUUUCCCAUAUUGGGAACGUAACAGUUGCGAAGGACCGGUUUUCCAAACUUGACAAAGAUAAUGAUGGGUUUAUUUCGGAGCAUGAACUAGAGCCUGUUCUUGAUAAGCUCUAUCUUUCUGAACGCUAUUAUUCUAGACAGCAAGCUAUCCAUGCUAUUUCAGAGGUUGACAAAGAUCAUGAUGGGAAGCUAACUUUGGAAGAGAUGAUUGAGAACCCCUAUGCAUUUUAUGGCAGUGUUUACCUUAGCGACGACGAUGACGAAGACUACUUCCACGAUGAAUUUCGCUGA